AUGUGUGCCCGGAACCAGCAUGUUAAGUGGGGAUCACUAAGCUUUUGUAAGGUUGUCUCGUCAAUUAGUAAGAGAGCUCUCUACUAUUACCGAGGAAUCCAAGUGUUCAUGCAUCUUGUCAGCGCGUCAGAUUGCACUUUCCUCACUCCCGCGUGUCACGGACUUCUCACCUUAGGCGGGGUCUUCUGUGUCCCAUCCCUUGGCGCUCCAGGCCCCACACUUGGUCCUCCAAUCAAUGUCAAACUCACAUGUAUUUGCAGGUUACAAUGGACAGCUUGUUUACAGAAGAUCAAUGAUGUCCCUACAAGGUGGAUUGGAGGCAAUAACAUUGAAAUGGCUGAAUUUUCAAAGGGUGCAUUUAGUGAUGUUGCAAAGGCUGGAGAAUUUUUGGAAGCAUAUAACACACGUAAACGAUCUUUGAAAAAGGCGAUAGCAUGUGUCGAUGACCUUCAAACAUACAUGCGCAACAUCAACGACAUCCCCAACAUGUUUGGCGGACAUUGA